UGGAAACAAUCCCAGUGACUGACGCAGAGCGGCUCAGAGGCAGCGAUUGGGUUCUUUAUCUCUAAACCUACACAUAAAUACAGACACAAACCCCAGAGAACGUCCCACAGCUGCAGCUCUCCACCACCUGAAACCUGCACGAACACACACAGCAGCACAGACAGACACACAGAGAGAGAGAGAGAGAGAUGUUGUGCUGUCGCCACCUUCCUGUCCUGAUGUUGCUCAGCAGCGCCCCCCAGUGGUGCAGCAGGAGUGUGGAGUGGGCGGAGCCUGCAGACAGCACACCUGGAGGUAAGGUAUCUGCUUGCUCGGCCCCUGGCGAUGGGGGCUUGGGGUGGGCGUGCGCGGGGGUGAAGGCCAUGGAAGUCACAGCCAAGCUCCACUCCCUCAGUGGCCUCACAGCCUCCAACAAAGACGUCACUGAGAAAAAACGCAAGAGAAGCUUCCCCAACUUCAGCUCUCCCAUCGACCAGAUCUCCCUCAGACGGCAGAAAACCAACGGCAAACCACGGAACGUGCUGGCAGGCCGCAGGAAGCAGCCCAGUGUGCCGCUGGAUCAAAUUGGCAAGAGCAGCUUACCGAAGCGCCGAGGCUAGCGAGGGCAUGGGCAUUCCAUCCUACAACUCACACCGCCACACUCCCUGCUCUUCUUCAAAGUAGCACCACAAGAUCUUCACCAUCCGGCAAACAGGAGCCAGGUUUAACAUCUGACCUAAGGCACGGCACUGAUGGCAAUGUAGCCUCCCCGUUGUCUGUCUCCCAGUGUCCUGGCCAACAUUCCCUGCCCCCACUUCUUUGUGACCGGAACCAUUGGUUGCUGCAUUUGCCCAUAAACAGCGUUUAACCUCAGAGGAACUCAAUACAUAAAGCACUUUGAGACGUUUUAACCUGACAAGAGUUUUGUAUGAAAUGUCAAUACCAUAUCAUUCAUGUAUCAGGAGGUCUGUGAGGAGUUGUGUAAAUCAUGUGUAAACACAUGGUUUGAGUGCACUAUAUGUAAACCACGUGUCCAGGCAGACGGAAUUAAAGCUGCUCUUAAUUA